UGUCCAGACCAUACAUAUAAUACAGAUGGAUAACAUCCAUACGAUUGAUCAAUUUGAUGUGCAUCAAUUAAAUCAACUUUUACAAACCAUGAAUAUAUAAUAAUGAAUAUAUAUAGGAUUAUUGAAUUAUACCAUGCCAUGUUCAUAUUAAUGAUUUAAUACUUCUUUUUUUUAAUAAUUUUUAUCGAGUAUAUUACAGCUACGUAUAUACAUAUUUAUAUGAUAAGCAAUUAUUUAUAGAUAUAAUCAAGUUAUUUGCAUCAAUCAUUUGAAGCAAAGUAUAAAAACGUUAUUUGAGGACAAUAUUUGUUAUGUAUCAAAAUAGUGUAUGUUUAUUGAGAAACGAAAAAAGAAAAGAAAAAUGCGAUAUUUCUCAUUACGUAACAUCGUCACCUAUACCGGGUGGCCCAAAGGCAAGGAAACAAAAAAAAUUGAAUAUCUCCAUUGUGGCUCGAGUAAACGAGCUGAUGUUUUUGUCAAUGAUAGAGGCAUGUUCAAACUUUAUAUCCAUAAAGACAUGCCUAGAGAGACCCUUUGUUAAGUAUCACUAUUGAUCUCAACAAGAAAAUUUUACUUUUUCACAGAUAGAAGAAAAAACAAUAUACAGAAUAGCGCAAAAGUUACUUUAUCGAAAAAAAAUUGAAUAUAUCCACUACGGUUCGAGCAAACGAGCUGCUUUUUUUACCAAUGAUAACGGCAUGUUCAAGCUUUAUAUUCAUAAAGCCAUGCCUAGAGAACCGCUUUGUUAAGUAUAUUGUUGUUUUCAUAUUUGUAAAAAAAGUCAUUUUUUUCGUUGAGAUCACUAGGUGAUACUUAACAAAGAACGUCUCUAGGCAUGUCUUUAUGGAUAUAAAAGCUUGAACAUGCCUCCAUCAUUGACAAAAACAUCAGCUCGUUUACUUGAGCCAUAAUGGAGAUAUUCAAUUUUUUUUCUGUUUUCUUACUUUUGGGUCACCCGGUAUAUUCAUCCUAUACACUGUGUCACAUGAAUAUAUACGUUAAUAAUUAACAGCAAAUAUUGAUAAUAUGCCAAACAGAAUCGAUUAAUUUGGUCAUUAAGCUAGAUAAAUGGAUUCAAUCAUAUGAAGCAAAAUCAUUUCGUCGAUGUAUAACACACUCAGUGUUUAUCAUAUCUCAACACGAUACAUUUCAAAUGUCAAUGCUCGUGCUCAAUAAUAAAUAAUAUUAUUAUAGUUACCUAAUUUUUAUUCUCUAUACUCAUUCUAAAAUAGAAAUAUAACAAGGAUUUUUUACUAUUUUGAUAGUCUAAACCCAAUAAUUAACUACUUUCAUCUUCAACUAUAUUAUUUUGACUAAUUAAUAGAAUAUUGAGGCUAACAUUUAUAGCAACACUUCUGAAUCGUGCAUUAAUGGUUGGCAUUUGAAUGCUUAAAAACGAGCGCAGCAAUAUUAUCAUAGUCCUAACAUAAUGUUCAAGUCAUAACAUCCAAUAUUUUACAAUUGUGUAGUACCAUAUUCAUUCAAUAGUCUGGCUAAAUUAGAAGUGGCACAUUUACUUUACUUUUAGUCGCAUUUGACUUCUCCUAUGGACGAUUUUUUUUGUGCUCUGAAGUCCAUCUAAACUAUAUUUUUGAAUCUUUACCAUGUAGAUUCUACUGGUCAGCUUAAUCCAUUGAAAAAUAAAGGAACGUUUUAUUUAAAAAAUGUUGAUAUAUCUAGACGUGAAGUGAUUAAAAAUACUCUAUUUAUGAUGUGUACUUGUAUUGAAACGGUCUUAUCACAUAGUUAUAUCAAUAUAAUAUUUUUACUGAUGUAUGGAAUAAUGUGGGCAUUCAAUAUAAAAUUUGAUACAGGUUUAUUUACUCUAUUGUAUGUAUUACUUAAUUAUACACGUCAAUGUUGCAUUAGCUUUUUUAACUUCGCUAUUCGUGAUGUUCUUAAUUAUGUCGCAGCUCAAAAACGAAUUCGAGUUCGCUUAAACCGAUUUUUGAUUGUUAUGUUUCAAAGGAAAUAUUCUAUAUAGGCAUUUCUCUUACUUCAUGAAUCUGAAAGAGACAAUCGACUGUUAUCAACAUCGUUCAAAGAUAUUAUAGAAAUAGAUAAGAUUGAUACGAAUUUAAUAAAACGAACACCUGAAGUGAUAUGCAAUUUAAAACAAGCUCAAUAGGAAAAUGUAAAUGUUCUUAUAAUUUCCCUUCUAACUAAAAUAAUAAUUGAUUCUACUUUAGAAUGGAAAAUUCUCAUUGAAAAAUAUUUUCUUUGAUGCUCAUCCAGGUGAUUUAAUCUGUAUUAUUGGACCUGUUGGAUGUGGAAAAAGUUCACUGUUACAAACAUUAACAGGUGAAAUAACUUAUUUUGAUGGAAAAGUUCGAUUGUAUGGAUCAUUUUGUUAUGUACCACAAGAAUCAUGGAUAUUCUCGUUAUCAGUAAAAAAUAAUAUUCUUUUUGGUAAAGAAUAUAAUGAUAGACUAUUUCAACGUGUUGUUCAUGCAACUGCCCUCGAUACAGAUUUUGUUCAAUUGUCUCAUGGUGCGAAUACACUUGUUGGUGAUCAAGGUGUUAUGUUAUCGGGUGGUCAAAAAGCACGUGUCAAUAUGGCAAGAGCACUUUAUCGUGAUGCUGAUAUUUAUCUAUUAGAUGAUCCACUUUCAGCUGUUGAUGCGAAAGUUUCUAAACAUCUCUUUGAAAAAUCAAUUAAAAAGUAUCUUCAUGAUAAGAUAUGUAUUUUAGUUACUCAUCAAAUACAAUUUUUACAAGAUUCAAAGAAAAUUAUCGUUCUUGAUAAUGGUGAAAUGAUACAAAUAGGAACAUAUGAGGAAUUACUGGUAUUUUCAUCAACAUUUGCUCAACUUCUUGAAGAUAUAAAUCAACAUCAACAAGAACAACAAUCGAUUUCAUUAUCAGAUCAACAAUCAAUAGUUGAUUCAAUAAAUUCAGAGAAAAACAAGGCAGAUGAAGAAGAUAUAAAUAAAUUGCCAAAAAAUCUUGAAACAAAACAAGAAGGAACAGUCAAUUUGAACGUUUAUGUAUCAUAUCUUCAAGCUGGUGUUGGUGUCAUUUUGGGCCUUCUAUUAAUUAUAAUUACAUUUGGAUCACAACAAGUCAUAUCGAUUUAUAGUAAUUGGUGGUUAGCAGCAUGGAGUAAUGAUGAAAGUCGUCGUUCUCAGAAUUCAACUAAUUGUAUGAGUAUAUGA